AUGGCUACCACUUUUUGUUAUUCCACCACGUAUCUAGUUACCACAGUUUGUUAUAUCAUUUUCUUUGCAUGUUCGUUAUUCUUGUUUCCUUUGACUGAAGCAGUGGAUUUCAAGAUCGAUAGUUUUGAUGCUGGUGAUACGAGUAUAAGAUAUUCAGGGGAUGCAGCAGUUUCUGCUGGAGCCGUAGAGCUGACAAACACAAAAAUACCUCAUCCCUAUCGUGUCGGUCAAGCCAUAUACGUGAAUCCAGUCCCAAUAUGGGACCAACAUUCUCGUAAGCUUACUGAUUUCACUACUCACUUCACUUUCAUUAUUGAUGCAUAUACCGCGCCCUCAUAUGCUCAUGGGCUCUGUUUCUUCCUAGCCCCAGUUAGCUUCCAAAUCCCACCCAACUCAGGUGGAGGCUUUUUAGGCCUCUUCAAUACAACUUACAUAGAUUCACCACAAAACCAAAUGAUAGUCGUUGAGUUUGAUACUUACUCGAAUAAGGAAUGGGAUCCUCCAAAAGGUUUUGAACAUGUAGGCAUUAACAUCAACUCUGUUUCUUCUGCUAAUUACACUUUUUGGGAUGCUAGUUUACACAGUGGAGACCCUGGAGAUGCCUGGGUUUCAUACAAUUCUACCACUCAAAUGUUAAACUUGCGGUGGAGCUAUGGUGCUGGAAAUGAUUCUGAUACAGAUACAAGCCAGCUUUCAUAUCAAGUCGACCUCCGAGAAGUUCUUCCUGACCAAGCAAUAGUCGGGUUUUCAGCAACUACUGGUGGCAGUAAUGGGGCGAGAGCUAUCCUUCAAAAGUGGGAGUUCAAUUCAACCUUGCAAAUAAAAGAUACUUCCAAGGAAUACUGGAAACUAGCAGUUGGCUUAACAGUCCCUCUUAGUGUUCUAGUUGUGGCAGCAGCAUGUGUUAUAUUAUGGAAAAGACAAAGACAACCUACAAAGGAGCUAGAGGCGGUCGCCCUGACAUCACUAAAUGACGAUCUUGAACGAGGAGCGGGUCCAAAAAGGUUUUCUUAUAGUGAUCUCGUUACUGCAACCAAUAACUUCUCUAAAGACAGGAAGUUGGGUGAGGGGGGAUUCGGAUGCGUCUACAAAGGCUACUUAUCACGUGAAGGUAUCGUAGUUGCUAUCAAGAAAAUUUCACAGGAUUCUCGACAAGGAAAGAAAGAGUACAUAACUGAAGUGAAGAUUAUUAGCAGUUUAAGACACCGAAACUUGGUGAGACUAAUUGGUUGGUGCCACGAUCAAACUCAAUUCUUGCUUGUUUAUGAGUUUUUGCCAAAUGGAAGCCUUGACUCUCACCUCUUCACCCAAAAAAGUACUAUCAUUCAGUGGUCUGUAAGGUACAAAAUUGCAACGGGCUUAGCUUCUGCAUUACUAUAUUUACACGAGGAAUGGGAACAAUGUGUGGUGCAUCGGGAUAUCAAAUCAAGCAACAUUAUGCUGGAUUCAGGAUUCAAUGCUAAGCUUGGAGACUUUGGAUUGGCUCGAGUUAUGGACCAUGAGUUGGGCCCACAAACAACCGAGUUAGCUGGAACACUAGGCUACUUGGCUCCUGAAUGUGUCACAACAGGAAAGGCUAGCAAAGAAUCAGAUGUAUAUAGCUUUGGGGUUGUUGCUUUAGAAAUUGCUUGUGGGCGAAAGGUUGUGGAUAGCGUUAACCCGAAUUCUGAUCUUGGGCUGGUGAGGUGGGUGUGGGAUUUACUAGAAAAAGGUGUGCUACUUUCAGGUGUGGAUCAAAAAUUGAACACGGUAUUUGACGCGAAACAAGUGGAAUGUUUGAUGAUGGUGGGGUUAUGGUGUGCACAUCCUGACCAUAGUCUAAGGCCAUCUAUCCGGCAAGCAAUUCAAGUGUUGAAGUUUGAGGCUGCAUUUCCAAAUCUUCCAAUGAAGAUGCCGGUUUCCGUAUGCUUUGCACCACUAGAUGAUCCUGAAGUCAGUUCAGGAGCCGCUUCCUUGACUUACACUAGCAUUGAUCUCAUACGUUGA